AUGGAGAAGGGAGGAGCGGGUCCUUCCGGCGCCGGCCCGUCCGGCGCCACCAAGGCGAUGGGGUACGGACAGGAAGCUCACGGCGUGGGUGUGGUAGCGCCGGGUGGGCCGAACAACCCCGUGAUGGGGGAGUGGAGCUCGAACAUCUGCGACUGCUUCCAGGACGCACCCUCGUGCUGCUACGUGUUCGCAUGCUCCCCGUGCGUCUACGCAGAUCUCAUGCAGCGCCAGAGCGUCCUGGACCAGUGCGGCGUGACGGGCCACGCGUGCAUGUACUACUGCCUGUGCACCUACGUUCCGUCGACUCUCUACAUCCCCACGUGCUUCUGCGUCCCGUGCAUUACGCAAAACACGCGCCGCAUGCUCAGGAACAAGUACCAGCUGCCGGAGGAACCCUGCAACGACUGCUGCACGCAUUUCUGGUGCCACAGCUGUGCGCUGUGCCAGGAGUUCCGCGAGCUCAAGUACCGCGGCGUCUCGAAGCACGUGACGGACACGGCCCCGGGAGGCGAGCCCUACGUCGCCCAGAUCGCCACCGGGUACCCCGCCGAUCAUCAGCAGGGGCAACCCGUGACAAAGCCGCCGCAGCAGCACGCCGUGCACGGCGGCAAGGCGUAA